AUGCUUCAAUUCAAGUUGCCAGGAAGCAGCAAACAUGCAAUGGAACGGUUUUUACUUCGUUUCCCGCGUUUUCCCCGGGUUUCUGCGACGUUGAAUCAUCGAAAUCUAACACAGAGACGAUUGGCACAUUAUGGUAGCACCGGAAAUCGUGACGAUGCUCCAGGGUUCAUGAAAAUCGCGAUUUUGGGUAUUGUGGGAACCGUGAUAUUCGUGCAAGCGGUGAAAUCGCUGGACAAGAAUCAGCCCAAGAAUUGGUACUCAGAAGAAGAGUUCGAGAACGUGGUGCAAGGAUUACGUAGAAGAGUGUCAAUUUUCAAACAAGGUGACCUAGAUUUGACGCUAAUAGCACCUGGAGUCUCGCAAGGUGUUGCUAGACCGGCCGCUGUGACCCAAGUGUUUGACGCAACCGAAAUUGUAGAUUUUUUCAGAAAAGAGCCCGACGGGAGAUACGUCGCUUUACUGGAGGAAUUGUCGACGAAGGAAGGAGAAACGCGAUAUAUUCGUUGUUUACCGAAAGGGAUGCUUGUCAUGCUUAUAGGGACGUUUUUGAAGUCGAAUUGCUGUCAAGGUGAUUCUGUUGUGAUCAUGAAUUGUCCCUUCGACGUCCAGGACGCAAUAAAAUUCGAAAACGAGGUCUCUGUCGUGACAAAAUUCGUGUGCAACAGCUCCGAAAAGGAUGCAGAGAUUGCCAAGUAUUACGAUACUGUUGGGAAGACAGAGUUGGUAUAG